CAUUUUGUGUUUGUUUGGGGUUUUAGUAGCUUGAGGUUGCUGGGUUUAGAGGGAAAGAUUGAAUUUUGAGUUAUCGAUUAUAGUUUUGAAGCUUAGCUUUUGUAGAUCAAAGUAAUCAGUUGUGUUGGAGUUAUACCACAAAGUCUGCAAGUUUGGCUAUUUGAUUAUGAUUCUGAAUCAGAGGAAGUAACACAUGCUUGGGUCUUUUGUAUUUUAAGUUGAAAAGUAUAUUACUUUGACGUUCAUGUCCAGCCUUUUGUUCUUAAUAUUUGAUAUUAGAAACCCUAGAAAUACUUGUUCUGGGACCAUUGGUUGUGGUUGGGAAGAAGGGGCCUUGGACUGGUUCAAACCAGUUACUUGGUAAAAAGAGGUGCUUGCAACUCCAAAAUACUGACUUAGGUUUUGAAAUUUUCGGUUUACUUGGUUAUUGGCGAAUGCAAGGAUUACUUUGGUUUAGUUACCUGAUGCUUGAUUAUCAGCAAUUUAGAGUUCCCAAUCUUUUUUUUCCCUCCAAAACACCAUUUGAAGUUCUGUCUCAAGUUUGUGUUGAUCUCAAGAUAACCUAGCAUGUGAUGAAAGCAAACAUUUUUUUGAUUUUAAAUUAUAUUUCUAGGACAUGUUCAUUUUCAUGGCAUCAUUUUUCUGUACAUUAUCAUGUUACCGGAUUCAUUUAAACCCUAUAGUAUAGAUUCUUCGCUUCUUCUUCUUCUUCUUCAUGUUUUCCUUUUCCAUUUUUUUCAACAGGUCAGUUGUGUCUGCCAUUAAAAUAGUUGGCUUCAUAGUCACAGGAAGUUGUGCUCAUCAUCUUAAAGUUUGAUGCUCGGGAAAAAUAGUCUUUUCAAUUCAAAUUAUAUGGAUGUUGAUGGAUUUUUACCUAGUAACUUGUAGAUUUCAUGCUUGAGGUCACACAUUUAGUUACGGAGCUUGUAGUUGUUCAAUGUUGGGAGCAGUAUGUGGAUGUUAGUUUGGAGAAAUGCAAAGGUAUCAUACUGCCGGCUGCACUAGUGCAGUUAACAAUAGCUCCAUUGGAGGCACAUCUUCUAGAGAUAGCAUCCGGACUGAUUCAUCUUCAUUGGCGUCCAACUUCUCUAUAAACCCUAGGCGGCCACCUCCUCUGAUUCCAUACAAGUUGAAGUGUGAUAAAGAACCGCUGAAUUCCCGACUUGGCCCCCCUGACUUUCAUCCUCAAACUCCAAAUUGCCCUGAGGAGACUCUCACUAAGGAAUAUGUUGUGGCUGGAUAUAAGGAUGCAGUUGAAGGACUUGAGGAAACCAGAGAAAUCUUACACACUCAGGCUCAAAGUUUUACCAGUCCUGUUGUCAAAAAAUGCAAAGAGGCUAUCAGAAAAUGUCUGAGGGCCAUUAAUGAGUCUCGUGCACAAAAGCGCAAGGCUGGUCAAGUAUAUGGUGUGCCUCUUUCUGGGUCAUUACUAACUAAGCCUGGUGUAUAUCCUGAACAAAGAUCUUGUGGUGAAGACUUCAAGAAGAAAUGGAUUGAGGGUUUAUCACAGCCCCACAAAAGAUUGCGUUCUUUGGCCGAUCAUGUGCCACAUGGAUAUAGGAAGAAAUCACUUUUGGAAGUUCUUAUCAGGAACAAUGUGCCAUUAUUUCGUGCCACUUGGUUUAUUAAAGUAACUUAUCUUAAUCAGGUAAAACCGAGUUCUACUAGUAUUUCUUCUGGCACACCUGACAAAAGUCAGUUGUCCCGGACAGAGCUCUGGACAAAAGAUGUUGUUGAUUACUUGCAGUCUCUCCUGGAUGAAUAUUUAUCCAGAAACAAUCCUCAUUCUGCUCCACACAGCAAAGAUAGAUCACAACAAUUGCUUUAUUCUGGCUCAGUGCAGCACAGAAGUGAUCCAUCAUCAGCCAUCCUUGAUAGCGAAGAGCCUUCCCUGCAUUUAAAGUUGCGGUAUGUGGCCCGGCUCUUGCACUGGCACCAUGCAGAAGGGCUGCUUCUUCCUUCAGUAAUCAUUGACUGGGUUCUUAGUCAACUACAGGAAAAGGACUUGCUUGAGAUUUUGCAGUUGCUGCUGCCAAUCUUAUAUGGUGUUUUAGAAACUGUUAUUCUUUCUCAAUCAUUUGUGCGCACUCUAGUGGGGGUUGCGGUUCGUUUCAUUCAUGAACCUUCUCCAGGAGGUUCAGAUCUGGUAGAUAAUUCUCGAAGGGCCUACACAACCUCUGCUUUAAUUGAGAUGCUUCGGUAUCUAAUAUUAGCUGUGCCAGAUACAUUUGUUGCUCUGGAUUGUUUCCCUUUACCACCUAGUGUAGUGUCUUAUGCAGUAAACGAUGGGACAUUUCUGUCAAAGGCUUCUGAGGAUGCAAGAAAGACAAAAGAUAAUUCAGCUGAAGUUGCUUGUGUUUUCAGAAGUAAAGGGCUUGAUGCUCAAUACCAAUCUUUGUCCUUUGAUCGGGUUGUUUCAUCCAUUCAGAAGCGUGCAGAUAACCUUGCCAAGGCUGUUAGCUCUGGCUAUCCAGUUCAUAGCGUGGCUAAAGCCUUGCAAGCUUUAGAUAAAGCUCUUUCACUAGGGGACAUUAGAGAGGCUUAUGGGUACCUUUUUGAAAAUUUUUGCGAGGGAGCUGUUCAUGAAAGCUGGAUAAAAGAAGUCAGUCCAUGCCUGAGAUCUUCUUUGAAGUGGCUGAGGGGUGUGAGCUUGUCACUCAUUUGCUCUGUAUUUUUGCUUUUUGAGUGGGCAACAUGUGAUUAUAGGGAUUUUCGGAGUGCCCCACCUCAUGAACUGAAAUUUACUGGCAGAAAAGAUUUUUCUCAGGUUUAUAUUGCAAGUCGGCUUUUGAAGUCAAAGAUACGAGAUCUGCAAAGUCCAUUUCGACGGAAGAAUGAGAAAUCCCCUGGAGUGAAUAGCCUUGUAAAAGGUCUCAAUCAGCCUAAUUAUUUGGGCAGGAUUCCUGUGGGAAAUGGAUAUGAAAUUAAAAGCAACUCAAAAACUGUGAGUGGACAAGGUACUAAUAUGUCAAAUAUAUUUGAAAGUCCAGGUCCUUUACAUGAUAUCACAGUGUGCUGGAUUGAUCAACACGAAGUGUGCAAUGUAGAGGGGUUGAAACGUCUUCAACUACUCAUUGUGGAACUUAUACAUUCUGGAAUUUUUUCCCCCCAAGUGUAUGUGAGGCAGUUGAUAAUUAGUGGAAUAAUGGAUGCAGCUGGUCCACCAGCUGACCUUGACAGGCGAAAGAGACACUAUCGAGUCUUGAAACAACUACCUGGGCUCUUUGUCCAUGAUGUUUUGGAAGACGCAAGGAUUUCUGAAGGGUCAGAACUUUCGGAGGCAAUGCGUAUUUAUUCAAAUGAACGUCGCCUUCUCCUUCAUGGACUUUUCUGUGAACGAUAUCAAAACUCAGUUAAAUCAAAUUUAUCUGUGAAGAAGCCCAAGCAUCAACCACCUAUUGCUGGAAAGGAUGGUGCCUCCCCAUCUUCUUUUGAGCAGUGGAAAAAUACUGGGUCCCACCCUUCUGCAAAAGUGAAGAAUGAAAUGGACAUUGAGGAACUGAAGGCAUCCAUAUCAGCACUGUUGCAACUCCCAAUAUGCUCCACAUCUUCAGACACGGGACUGGAUGAAUCUCAAGGGAGCGUUAAGAGGCCUGCUGAGUCAAUAGGCAGCAAAAUGGAUGUAGUAGAAACUCCUGGUUGCGAAGACUGUAGAAAGGCAAAGAGACAAAAGUUAAGUGAGGAAAGGAACUCAUACCUUCAAGGACAUUCUCCUAUAUCAGAUGAUGAAGAUACCUGGUGGGUACGGAAGGGGGCUAAACCCUUAGAUUCCUCUAAGAUUGAUCCACCACCAAAGUCUUCCAAACAGGUCUCCAAGGGUAGGCAAAAGGUUGUGCGUAAAACUCAAAGCCUGGCUCAUUUAGCAGCAGCCAGGAUUGAGGGUAGCCAGGGAGCUUCUACAAGUCAUUUUUGUGAUAAUAAGAUAAGCUGCCCUCACCACAGAACUGGAAUAGAAGGAGAUAAUCUCAGGUCAAUGGAUGGGCUGGGAAGAAUGUAUGGUGGAGAUAUUGUUUCAAUUGGUAAAUCCUUAAAACAACUGCGUCCUGUUGAGAAGAGGACAAUUACAGUUUGGUUGAUAGCUGUUGUUAGGCAGCUUGUUGAGGAGACUGAAAAGAGUGCUGUCAAGGCCAGCCAGUAUUCUAGAUCUCUUGUCAAUGUAGAUGAUAGGAGCUCUGUUAGAUGGAAGCUGGGCGAGGAUGAGCUGUCUGCUAUAUUGUAUUUGAUGGAUAUUUGCUGCGAUUUAGUUUCAGCAGCAAAGUUACUGCUCUGGUUGUUACCGAAGGUCCUUAGCAACCCUAAUUCUACAAUCCAUAGUGGGAGAAAUAGUAUGAUGCUGCCAAGGAAUGUGGAAAACCAUGCAUGUGAAGUGGGAGAGGCAUUUUUGUUAUCUUCUCUCCGAAGGUAUGAGAACAUAAUUAUUGCAACAGAUCUUAUUCCUGAAGUCUUGUCCACCACAAUGCACCGUGUUGCAGCACUGCUGGCAUCCAAUGGAAGAACUUCAGGUUCAGCAGCCUUAAUUUAUUCCCGACAUCUUUUGAGGAAAUACGGCAAUGUGCCAAGUGUUUUAGAAUGGGAGAAGAGUUUCAAGGCAUCAUGCGACAAGAGGCUUCUUUCUGAACUUGAAAUCGGACGAUCACUGGAUGCAGAAUUUGGAUUUCCACUUGGUGUUCCAGCAGGAGUUGAAGAUUUUGAUGAUUUUUUUCGUCAGAAGAUUAGUGGCAGUCGAUUAUCCAGAGUGGGUAUGAGCAUGAGAGAUGUUGUCCAAAGGAAUAUUGAGGAUGCUUUUCACUACUUUGGGAAAGAGAGAAAACUCUUUGGUGCUGGUACAGCAAAAGUUCCUGCUAUGGAAAAAUCUGAUGACACAUAUCAGAUAGCUCAACAAAUAAUCAUGGGACUUAUGGACUGCAUGAGGCAGACUGGUGGUGCUGCUCAAGAAGGUGACCCAUCCUUGGUGUCCUCUGCUGUUUCUGCCAUAGUCAAUAAUGUUGGACCAACUAUAGCAAAAAUGCCUGAUUUUUCUCUAGGCAGUAAUUAUUCAAAUGCUCCAGCUGGGACAGGUUUGCUAAAUUUUGCUAGGCGCAUUUUGCGCAUCCACAUAAAUUGCCUAUGCCUACUCAAGGAAGCUCUCGGGGAGCGUCAAAGCCGGGUUUUUGAGGUAGCUCUUGCAACAGAAGCCUCCUCUGCUCUCGCUACAGCAUUUGCUCCUGGAAAGGCUUCUCGAAGCCCAUUUCAGUUGUCCCCUGAAUCCCAUGAUUCAAGCGGGAAUAUCGCUAAUGAGAUCUUGAACAACUCUGCAAAAGCUGCUGGAAGAACAAAAAGUGCUGCUGCUAUUUCUGGACUUGUUGUUGGAGCUAUUAUCCAUGGUGUGACUACUCUGGAGAGAAUGGUGACUGUCUUCCGGUUAAAGGAAGGGUUGGAUGUAAUUCAAUGUAUAAGGAAUACAAAAUCCAAUUCUAAUGGUAAUGCUCGUUCAUUUCCUGUUUUUAAGAUGGACAACUCAAUCGAAGUUUAUGUGCAUUGGUUUCGGUUACUUGUUGGGAACUGCAGAACUGUAUCUGAUGGCCUGAUUGUAGAGCUCUUGGGUGAACCAUCUUUAGUUGCUCUUUCAAGGAUGCAGCGAUUGCUCCCUAUUAGCUUGGUUUUUCCACCUGCCUACUCUAUCUUUGCCUUUGUUAUUUGGAGACCAUUCAGUGCAACUCGUGAAGACAUCAAUCAAUUGUAUCGCUCUUUGACAAUGGCCAUCAGUGAUGCCAUAAAGCACCUGCCUUUUAGGGAUGUGUGUUUAAGAGACAGUCAAGGCUUUUAUGAUCUUAUAGCUGCAGAUUCCAGUGAUGCUGAGUUUGCUGCCAUGCUAGAAUUAAAUGGUCUGGACAUGCGUUUCAAAUCCAAGGCCUUUGUUCCGCUCCGAGGAAGGCUUUUUUUAAAUGCUAUUGUUGAUUGUAAAUUGCCACACUCUGUAUUUGUGCAAGAUGAUGGAAAUAGGGCUUCGGGACAUGGUGUAUCUAAGGUUCAACAUGCAGAGAAUGAAAUCAAGCUUCUAGAUAAGCUUGUGAAUGUAUUGGAUGCACUGCAGCCUGCAAAAUUCCAUUGGCAGUGGGUUGAACUCAGGUUGCUUUUGAAUGAACAAGCCCUUAUUGAAAAACUUGAUACUCAUGACAUUUCCCUAGCAGAUGCAAUCCGUUCUUCCUCUCCUGGCCCUGAAAAAGAAGCUGCUUCUGAAAAUGAAAAUAAUUUCAUUGAAAUCAUUCUUACAAGGUUGUUGGUCAGACCUGAUGCUGCUCCGCUUUUCUCAGAGCUGGUUCAUCUUCUUGGGACGUCUCUAGAGAACUCAAUGCUAUUGCAGGCUAAAUGGUUCUUAGGAGGCCAUGAUGUUCUUUUUGGACGGAAAACCAUUAGACAACGGCUUAUUAAUAUCGCCGAGAGUAAAGGUCUUUCAACUAAAGCUCACUUUUGGAAACCUUGGGGCUGGUCCAAUUCUGGUUUUGAUCCUGUGAUGAACAGAGGGGAUAAGAAGAAGUUUGAGGUUCCCUCUCUUGAAGAAGGGGAGGUUGUUGAAGAGGGCACUGAGACAACAAGGUCUGGAAAAGGGUCCUUUCCAGUAUUUGAGUCUGAAGGUUCUAGUCUCUUCCAUCAGAAUGUGACUGAAAGGGCUCUUGUUGAACUAGUUCUUCCCUGCAUAGAUCAAGGUUCUGAUGACUCUCGCAAUACAUUUGCAACUGAUUUGAUCAAGCAGUUGAAUAAUAUUGAGCAGCAAAUAAACUCGGUCACUCGUGGUACAAAUAAGCAAACGGGAACAGCAUCUUCUGGACUGGAAGGUCCAGCAAAUAAAAGUAACAAUCGCAAAGGAAUAAGAGGUGGCAGUCCUGGAUUGGUGAGACGAACUGCAGCAGCUGCAGAUUCUAACUUCCCCUCUCCUGCUGCCCUACGAGCUUCUAUGUUACUGCGGUUGCAGUUAUUGCUAAGGUUGCUUCCUACCAUAUGCACAAAUGGUGAGCCAUCUGGGCGGAACAUGAGACACAUGCUUGCCUCUGUCAUACUUCGUCUUCUUGGUAGUAGGGUUGUGCAUGAAGAUGCAGAGCUAUCUUUCUAUCCUUUGCAAAGCUUCCAAUCUAAGGGGGAACUAGAGUUGCCGUUGGAAGCUGCUUCAGAUUUAUCUGGUGAAAGUCUCUUUGACCGGUUACUGUUGGUCCUGCAUGGGUUGUUAAGCAGCUCCCGGCCAAGCUGGCUGAUGCCAAGACCUGCCUCUAGCUCCAAGUCAGUCAAUGAAUCCUCCAAGGAUUGUGCUGGAUUUGAUCGUGACUUAGUGGAGAGUUUGCAGAAUGAUUUAGAUCGUAUGAAGCUGCCCGGCACAAUUCGACUGCGUAUCCAAGCUGCAAUGCCUAUUCUUCUACCUUCUGUUCGAUACUUUGUCUCUUGCCAGCCACCACCUGUCCCCACAGCUGCUGUUGCUUCACUUCAACCCAGCAUUGCAAUUUCAGGGGUUUUAAAUGGAAAUAACUCUCAGAAAAAUCCAGCUCCUUUGGCACGCUCUGCAAAUAACAUAUCAACAAAAUCCAAGCCACUGCCACUUCCGCUGCCACUGCAACUUGAUAAUGAUACGGAGAUUGAUCCAUGGACAUUGUUGGAAGAUGGCACUGGAUCUGGCUUAUCUUCAAGCAACACUUCUGUGAUUGGCAGCAGUGACCAUGCUAAUCUUCGUGCUUCCAGCUGGCUUAAAGGGGCUGUCAGGGUGAGGCGGACUGACCUCACCUACAUUGGUGCUGUGGAUGAUGACAGCUGACCUCGACUUCAUUCUUGAUUUUGUUCUUGGAGAGCAGCGCCGAGCCGCACCCCCUCCCCCCAACAACCGAAAUGAACUUCAUUCUUGAUUUUGUUCUGGAGUGCUCAAAUCCCCCUCAACAGGUAAUUUAAUGCUUUCAUCUGUCACACAAAAUUGGCAUCAAGAUUCUACCUCGUUCUUGUCUUUGAUGGAAAAGGGAGCUGUAUGUAGGGGCGGUUUUUCAGAGGGGAGGGGUGGGGGUGCAGGAUGGAGUGCUGGUGGAAAUAGAGAAAGUGAUGACGCUCCUACACAACCUGCCCCACCAGGUCUUGGUCCUGCUCAACUACUAACCUUUUAAUCACCCACAAUCUGGGCUGUAUUAUCCAGGUGCAGUUCAGAGUAUUGUUGUAUAUAUGAGAUAACUGUUUUUACUUUGCAAUUGAUCAUGGUAAAAUAUCCUAAAGAAUGACCUGUGGCAUUUUCAUUGGCAUCAAUCUAUUGUUGCAACUCUCUCUCUCUCUCAUUUAUGCAUGUGUUCAAUAAUUACAAUUGUAUAUUUGCAUGCUCUGAUGUGUGUAGUGUAUUUAUUUGUUGUGUUUUA